AUGAUAAUUAUUUGUUGGAAAGAGAUGAUUGAAGAUUAAAAAAAAAAAAUAGAAAACAUUUUGUAAUAAGAUUGAGAAGUGGGCCCCAACCCCAAAACCAUCCGACGUGGAGAUUUCAAGAAACAGUUGGCAUGAAGAAAGACCACCACAGCCUUAUCCAUCCAUCACGAAAUCUAAUCCAAAAAAUCAAAACUCCACCAUUCAGAAUCACACAUCACACACACUACACAUUCAAGAAAAAGGGUGUGAGUGUGUGUAUUUUUUGGAUCCUCAAUUUCUCAGAAACAAAGAAAAAAAACCAAGAAAAAGAUAUGGCGUCGACUGCAUGCUUCUUGCACCACCACGCGGCGCUCUCCACCUCGGCGAGAACCACCUCCAGCCGCCACGCGCCGUCGCUGAAGCCCGCCCAGCAGCUCGUCUGCAGGGCCCAGAAGCAGGCCGAGAAUCAAGAAUCCGACGGCGGCGCCGCCGUGUCGCGGAGGCUGGCCCUCACCCUUCUCGUCGGCGCUGCCGCCGUCGCCACCAAGGUUUCACCUGCUGAUGCUGCUUAUGGAGAAUCAGCCAACAUCUUCGCAAAGCCAAAGUCGAACACCGAUUUCAAGCCAUAUGCCGGAGAUGGAUUCAAGGUGUUGGUGCCGGCAAAGUGGAACCCUAGCAGCGAGGUCGAGUUCCCCGGCACCGUCCUCCGCUACGAGGACAACUUCGACGCCACCAGCAACCUCACCGUCACCAUCAACCCCACCGACAAGAAGUCCAUCACGGACUACGGCUCCCCUGAAGAUUUCCUAUCCCAAGUUGACUACUUGUUGGGGAAGCAGGCCUACUUUGGCAAGACCGAUUCCGAGGGUGGAUUCGACUCCGGGGCUGUGGCGACCGCCAACUUGCUGGAGACUGCGACUCCGGUAGUUGAUGGCAACAAGUACUACUUCCUGUCGGUGCUGACGAGGACGGCUGACGGGGACGAGGGGGGCAAGCACCAGCUGAUCACGGCCACCGUGAAGGGCGGGAAGCUCUACAUCUGCAAGGCACAAGCUGGGGACAAGAGAUGGUUCAAGGGUGCAAAGAAGUUUGUGGAGAGUGCAGCAACUUCUUUCAGUGUUGCUUGAUUCAAUCCCAAGUAUUUUGUAUCUAAUGUCACAAUCCAAAAACUUGUAUGAUAGUUUGAGUUUUUGCUAUGAUAUUGAUGGAUAAAAUUGAAGCAAAA